AUGACGGAGGCCUGGGGUACUUUGAUCCUUGCUUUCGUCAUCUUUGGCAUCACCAACGGCCGCAACAAGGUCUUGGGCAGUGUGGAGCGUGUCGGCGUUCCCUUCGUCAUUGGCAUGACGGUGGCUGUCCUCCUUCCCCUCUAUGCCCCAAUCACCCAGGCUGGGUGGAACCCAGCCCGCGACUUCGGUCCCCGCAUCGUGGCGGCCUUGGGUGGCUGGGGGGAAGUCGCCAUCCCGGGACCGCGGAGUGGCUUCUGGAUCUACAUCGUCGGUCCCUGCUUGGGCGCGCCAGUGGGCGCGUUUUUGGCGGAGAAGCUGCUGUGGCGAAAGGCGAGCUGA